GGUGUUUUGGUUCUGUGGUUUGAUAAGAAAAUUGCUCAAUGAUUCACAGAGUUAUCUCUAUGGUCUUAAAGGAUGGAAUAAUCAACUAGUUACUGACUUAGCACAACAGAUAGCGAUGGCAUCUUCACAAAAACUGGGAAUAGAGAUCUAUGUAGACGAUUACCACUCAGUUACUGUGUUCACUGCAACUAAAGUUGAGGAGGACGAAGGAUGGAAAUCAGGUUUUAGAGCCAAGCAGUUUGAUGAAUUCUGCCGUAGCCAUUUCAGAGCACAUCGUUUUGGCCCUGAUCCAGAGACUGGUCAGGUUGUCGGUGUGUUUUUACCGAAGCACUGUCAGGGUUUUUGGUUGAGGGGGCAAGUGGUACAGAUAAUAACAAAUACAGACAACAGCUUUGAAUACAAAGUGCAGCUGAAUGAUGAUGAUGUUGUGUUGGUAAAACGCCCGCACCUUAUAACAUUCGACGAGGCUCAGUUGGCGCCGAUGGACGCUCUGAAGCCACCACCAUUGAAGCCAUGGAAACCAUCGACCAAAUUCAUAGGACUGUAUGGAGUGUUGCCUGUCAGUCCUUUGAAUCAAAAGUGUAAGAAUUUUAUCACGGGCGUAUUUCAUAAAGGAUAUUUAUUCUUCAAACAGAAGGCAAAAAUUGGAAACAUGUGGUUCGGAGAUAUAUCUAUCAAGCCAUUUAAUGUUGGUCCAAGGCUUAGUCUAACGGAACAGCUGUUAUCAAAUGGAUUGGUCAAGCAGGUUGAAUGUUUUGAGACAGAGGCUCAACGAUUUUAUUCAGAUUUAUUUUUAGCACUCGAAAGGCAAAAGAAAGCUAAAAAAGAAGAGGAGCGUGAAACAGAAGAGAAAGGGGCGUAUGCAACAAACAGGUUGACAGAGGAGAAAAAAGAAAACAUUUCUUCACAGACUUCGGCAAAGAUUUGCAAAGAACAAAAACAUUCAGCAAGAGAUACAGGAUAUUGUUCAAGUGAAGACUCAGAUUGUGACAAGCGGUUCUUUCGGCCAGACGUUCUUUUGGUUCCUGCUGGGUACGAGAUCAGUGACAACAUAUCACACCAGAACAAGAAGUCACAAAAGAAUAAGGAAGGGCCAAUCUUAAUGAACACCCCAACAAAUUGGUUCAUUAUUCAUGAGCAAAACAAGAUAAAAGAAAAACGCGAAAGACGUUCUCGACCCAAAACAAAUCCAAGUCCAAAGAGUGUUAUUGCAUCAGAAAAUCAUCCUAAGGAAACUUUUGUUCCAGUGCAACAGCCGAUCAGUGAUUAUCAUCCUUACCAGCUCAUUUUUAAACAAAAAAUUGAAAAUUGUUGCGAUGUGAAUACCCAAGAACCUAAAGACAAGUCGAAUGAUAGUAAGAAACGAGUAAGAGCUUUGAAUUUGAAUUAUAAAAUGAACGGAAAAUCUGACGAAUCAGAUGUUAGUAAAAAUGAGCCAAAGACUUUAAACAAAGACAUUUCUGAUAAUAUUGUCAACCACAAACAAGAAAAAGUAGAGACUUCCAAUAAAUCUAAAAAUAACGAAACUGUAACAAGUGUUAGUGCAGACGACAGCAAAAUUUCUACAGAAAGUAUUGGUGCUACCAGUACUCCAAUUAGUUCUUUGUCAAAAAAGCAACGAAUAAGUCAAAAAUGGAAAGCAAACUAUUUGGAACCGAACAGCCAUAAAAGCUUUGAGUCGGUUAGUGACAGUGCAAACGACAGUAUGGUUUCUGCAGGAAGUAAAAGUGUAACAAAUACUCCAGAUAUUUCUUUGCUGUCAAGAAAACAAGGGAGUCAAGAACUGAUAGCCAACAAAUUGGAAACAACCUUCAGUUCUACUAGUUCCUAUCAUCCUCCUAGUUCCUAUUCAUCUGCAAAUAAUAACUUUGAUUCAAUAAAUAGUGAAAGUGCACACAACAGUCAGGUUUCUGCGGAAAGUAAUAUUCUAAGAAGUACACCAAACAGUUCUUUGUUGUCCAAAAAACAACGACUUAGUCAAAAACUGAAAGCGAACAAUUCGGAAACAACCUUUAGUUCUACUAAUUCCUUCAGCAAAUCAUUUGCAAAUAAAGACUUUGAUUCAAUAAAUAGUGAAAGUGCAGACAACAGUCAGAUUUCUGCGGAAAGUAAUAGCGUAAGAAGUACACCAGAUAGUUCUUUGUUGUCCAUAAAACAACCACUUAUUCAAAAACUGAAAAUGAACAAUUUGGAAACAACCUUCAGUUCUAUGAGUUCCUCAUUCACAAAUAAAAGUUUUGAGUCAGUAAAUGGUGUCAGUAAUAGUAAUAAUUCUAUAGAUAGUGGAAAUAGUUCCACAUUGUCAAAGAAACAACGAAUAAGUAAAAAACUAAAAACUGAAAUAGCCUUUCGAGAAGAAGUGGAAAAAAUUAUUAAGGAAGAAGAAAGAAAACAGUCACACGAGGAUCCAUUAUGCAGUUCUGGCAAGAUGACUGACGCUGAUUCCAAACAAAGAAUCUACUCAGCAACGGAUGAAGAUGAUCGUAGUUUCACUUCAGUUGCAAGUAUGAGCUCCAAAUCCAGCCACACCAAUUCAGUCCUUGAAAAUGCUACACAAGGAAUGUUGAGAAGGAAGAAAGAAGCUGAAAUGUCAAUGGAAAAUGGCAAAGGAGAUUCUAUUUCCUCUUGUAGUCAAUCAGUAUGCAGUGACGACUCCUCAAAUAUUUUAAAACUUGAAAAAUCAACAAUCAAAUCUUUAUUGACUGAUCUGAUUGUAGAAUCGGAGUCCGUGGAAGAGAACUUUUACGUCGAUGCUUCGGAUUUGAAUAGCUUUGUAAAAUACAUUAACACAAAUGUCGGAGUCAUGAUUCACUCUAAGGACGAUCGAUUGAUUCGCCCAGUGCCCAAGAUAAACGAAUGUUUUCUCCAUGGACAUGUUGUUGAGAAUUUGGAAAAACUUAGGUUGAGAGAUAUGAAUCGGAUACAGACGGUGGCUUAUCCGGCAAUCCUAGCACGACGGAAUAUUGCAAUGAUCAGUCAUCUGGGAACUGGCAAAACAGUCGGAUACAUUGUGCCAUUAGCAUCCCACCUAUCUACCUCUGAGUACUACGAUAAGUUACCUAAAGGUUUUGGACCGAAGAUUCUGGUGGUAACGCCUAGUUGGGACUCUGGAGAACAUGUAGCUUACCUAUUCCAGAAACUGUGUAGGGGUUCCACCUCCAUCCUGCACUGCUACGGGGGAGGGGCGGAGCUAGAACUCAGGGACAAGCUGUUGACCGGCUGUGAUAUACUGGUGACCACUCCAAGAUGUCUUCUCAGGCUUCUUGAAUAUGGUUUCACAAAUCUUGACCUCCUCUGCCACCUAGUAUUAGACGAUGCUGAUAUUCUCUUGGACAAGUUCAAAAAUGAGAUCUCAAAGCUACUGGUGGCUGUGGAUGCUCUGGAGGAGGCGAGGGAUCAGCGCCAGAUCCUGGUGAGUCUGCAGAUCGUUGUGGCCGCCAGAACGUGGACCAGACCUGUUAUGGAGCUGGUCACUUGCAUACUCAACAAUCCAGUCAUAUGCAUAGCUUCUCAACUGGAGGCCUGUGUGUAUGCCGGCAUCAAACCUACGGCUAUCUUCGUCCAGGCAGACAAGAAAGUAGAGAAACUCGUUGAUAUUCUAAAGGAGGUGGAGGGCAAAGAGAGAACUGUGGUGAUGUGUCGUACCAAAGAUGAUGUCAAGUAUUUGUACGGAGUGCUGAUAGACUUGGGAGUGAGGAAUGUUAUUGCAGCCCAUGAAGACUUGUCUGGCGUUAGUAUCUCAGAGAUUCCUGCCCUUUGGAACCAAAAUCAAAAUAGCUGUGAGGAGAUUUGGAAGGAAGAGGCAUCAAUGCCAAUCAUGGUCCGAUCCGAUGAAGUUUUAGAAGAAACGCCUUUGACCAACGCUAGUGUUCUCAUACACUACAAUAUGCCAAACUCUAAAACUACUUUCAGCCACAGGUUAGCUUGCAUGAUGCAGCGCUACAACAAUUUGUUGAAAAAGGAAUCAAAACCCAAACCUCAGGUGUUUAUUUUGCUGGAUGAAAAGAACGACCUUGAGACUCCGGGGGUGAUGGAGUUCAUGAAGAGAUUAGGAACAGUUCUCCCUGAGUCGGUGCAGUGCACGAUUGAGGAAAUAGAGAAGACAAGACAACAGAAGAGGAUGUCCGAGCCACUUUGUGAGACUUUGAAGCAGUUUGGGGAGUGUUGGGACAUAAAGCAGUGCAAGGCCCGACACACAGUGUAUAAGGAACUGGACAACCCUGAUGAUGUACCAAGGAAAGGCUGGGUGAAGAUGAUCGUGCAUCAUGUCCACAACGCUAGUCACUUCUCCGUUAGACUUCUGGAGCAUGCCGAGGAGAAGGACAAUUGGCAGCGGCUUCCUAGCAACCUGCUGACCCUUCCUUUCAGGCUUAGCAACUACUUUGUUGUUGACAAAAACAAGCGGAUGCAUGGACCCCCAAAAGUCGGUGACGUAGUUGCAGUAGAAACAUCAAUUGAUGAGUACAAAAGAGCAGUCGUUCUCAGGAUAACGGACUACAACAAGUACAAAGAAGUAACCAACGUUGACAUCCAGUUGAUAGACAACGGUCGUUUUGACAAUCGAAAGGUGACUGAUUUGUUUCGUCUGCCGGAUGAUAUGGCAAAACUGCCUCCCUCAGUUGUGGACAUGUAUCUGUGUGCUGUCAAACCAAAGGACCUGGACACCAGCUGGCCUACUGCGCCAGGCAGGUGGGUAGACGAGCAGCUACGCCAGACCAGGAGACAGAGUCCCAAUGGCUACUUGGUUGGAAAGAUAAAAUUCGCUCUGAGGGGGAGCUUGUGGCUGGAUCCUGUGGAUUACCAGGAGUUCCUACCCGAGUUAGACACAACUGUGCACCUACUCAACCUGCGCAGAGAUUUACUGAAGGCCAACAUGGCCACAGACAACAGCAACCACCUUCCUGCGCUGCGCAGACUCUGCGAGAAUGCUGGGAUUGAACUGCCUCAAGAAGACCCUGUGGUGAUGAAGAAAGUCAAGCAACCUCACCCCCAGUGGGCCUGGCUGCCAGUGGAUGAGAUGGAGGAUGUACACAUUGUAGUAGUGGAGAAUCCAGAAGCGAUCUUUGUACGACAAAACAAGUUUAAUGACAACGUGGACAGACUGAUGAAAGAAGUUCAAGAAUAUGCAAUUGCUGAAAAGCAGCCUCCUAAUUUUGACAAGAUGCUUGAUGUUGGUGAUUGUUGUUUGGGAAAACUGUCUGAAACUGAAGAAUGGAAUCGAGCCCUGGUCAGGAGCAAGCCUACUGAAGAUACGGUAGAGUUGUUCUUCGUGGAUUUUGGUGACACCAAAGCCGUACCUUGGAACCAUGUGUUGCCGAUUCCUAACAAGUUCAUUACUAAGUUACCGUUCCAGGUCGUAGAAUGCUGCUUGGCUGGAGUAAAGUACUUCCAAGACUCAGACAGCAAAGACUGGGAGGAUCAAGUGAUCGACUUGAUAUACGAUCUAUCAAGAGAUGAGAAUGAAGGAGCAAUAUCCUUAGCUCUUAAGGUUUGUUCAGUGGAAGAGAAUGCUGUAUACACUGGCGGAAGGCGGUACAAAGUGAUUUUGGCAAACCUAAAUGUGGAGCCCGACAUAGUAAUAAACUCCAGACUAUUAUCUUCUAACUAUGCUGAACUUUUAAACGAAGACAUAGUUAGUGGUAUCAAAACCAUGUCAGUUGGAGAGAACAAAAGCAAUGAGAGCUCCGAUAGCGAGGAAGAUAAAAAAAAUCUAGAUGUCGCUCUUCCUAAUGCUUUCAAGACAGAAGAUGAAUUAAAGAUGGAGGAGAUUUUGAGAAGCUUAGAAGCAAGAGUAGAUGACUUUGAUUUUGGAAUCGACUUUACUAAUGCUGAGGAUGACGCAGAAAGAUCAAACUCCUGCUGGGCUCUACCUCCAGCAGAUAGUGAGGACUUGAGUGAAUGUCCCAGCAACACCAUCAAUCCUCCCAUCUCAUCUCUGUCCUUGUCUGAAGUGGAACAACUACCGGAGGCUUUAUCAACGCCUCUCACUCAUAGACAUUUACAAUCUCACCUAUCUACUUCUGCGAAAAACUGGAAUGUCAAGGAACUAAUGACUUCCAACAUUCUAGGCCAGUCCGGCGGUUCACCGUUGCUUCCAUUUGCUCAAAACAUCAGUCCUCGUUUGAAAGAGCUUUCACAAAUUCCCUCUGCUUUUCAAGACGAUGAUCUAGAUGAAGAUCCAAGAACACUGCAAUGGAUCGGUUGUAUACCUGAAUCAGACAGCUCACUUGAUCAGUCUCACAUCAAUGAGGACUUGUCGUUUUCACAAGUUGCUGUACAGUCAGAUGAAAUCAGAACCCCGAUGGUAGAAUGGUAUCAGGAUGAUAUCUUUGUGUUUAUACAAAUAAAACUACCAGCCCUCGAAGCUUACAAUAUCACUUUUGACAUUGGCAACGUCAAUUUCAGUGCCAAGUAUAGCGGAGUGAUGUAUCAAGUUGAUUUGACUCUGUUUGGAGCUCAUCAUAGAGAUCGAGCUGAACAUUCUGCAGAGGCUUUCUACGUAGAGAUAAAACUUGAGAAGAUGCUAAAAGGAAAGAAAAGAUGGUGGCCAAGACUUACAAGGAACGAGGAGAGGCUGCAUUGGCUAAAGUUGAAUCUUGAAAAAGUUUGUCCUGAUUCUGGAAGUGAAGCAUCAGAACUUGAAGAUAUGAGGAUCAGACUCGGAUACUGCGACAAUAGAACAGAAACACCUACCUCCAUUGCAUCUUCGGAAAUGUCCGAACUAGCCAACUCAGAGUUAUCCAUGUGAAGAGCACUAGUGUCUUUGAAACCAUAAGUGAUCAGUUUUGGUGCUGUGAAACGUAGAGCAUUUUUCCUAUUAUGCAUAUAUUUUCUAUAGAGAUUGGUUUAUGAAAAGUUGAUUUCGAGAGAUAUGUGUUUUGUUUCAUGAUACAGGUUUUAUUACAGAAUUGUAGUGAUGACUGUGAUGAGUUUCCCGAAAAGACAGUUUUGCAAGCAUACGUUUAUACAAAAUCUAGUGUCACUAUGAAGAGUUAAAGUACAAACAAAGUUUGUAUCAAGUUUCUUACUGUUAUUUAGUUUAUUGUAAAAUUUGAUACUGGUUUUAGCUCGUUAAGCAUUUUAUUGUUGCUCUAGCUUGUGAUGCUAUUUUUAUGUAGUUAACUAGUUUUCUAACUACUGUUAUUUAACUUGACUGAGAAUAGGACUGACAGACUGAGCUUGUGUGUUUUGUAUCACAAUCGUGUCUUGUAAUGUUGAAGAUUCCAUAUUUUCCAAUAUGUUUUAUCAAUAUGAUGGAUAAAAGUAAAAUGGCACAAAUGUGCAGUACUUUUAUUAGUUUUACAUAAAAGUGUUAUAUAAACAUGAUUUCAGGUUGAGAUGUGUUGAAUAUUCUACUUUUAGUGUUGUCGACCUAAUUUAAUUUCCACAAAUAAUUUUAUUUAAAUGCAACCUCACAUCUCCAUUUAUCUUGUAAAUGUAUAGUAUUUGAUGCCUGGGAAUUGUGGGCCUUUGCCUACCAAUUGUCAUUUUUAGGCUACCUGGAUUCCUGGAUCUGAAGAUAUGUUAAGUUAAUUGGUAUCUAAACUUUAUUGAUCUUACCAUGUUCAUUCUCUUUUUAUGAGCGAGAGAAUGAUAGUUUUAAAUUGAUUCCUUGAAAUAACUUAUAUUUUCAAAUAUGUAUUUCCAUCCAUUAAAAAAUUUUGUAAUUUGAUAUUUAAACCACAUAUGUUUGCAUAAAGGGUUUUGUGAACUUGCAGUUAUCCCAUAGUUUAAUAUUGUUCUUAUUUUAAUGCUUAUAACUGUGAUUUAAUUAUUAUGUUUUUGUUUUUUAUGUUUAAGGAAAUUGUUUAUACGUUUGUCUUUAUUUUUUUAUUUCUGUUUUGUAAGUACUAGUCUUAGAAUUCUUUCAACCAUUGUAUUGGUAUUUCCUAAUUUAAUAUAAACCAAUAGAAAGGUUAAUGAAUUGAGAGUUUUAUAAUAAACAAGUUAAAACCUGU